GGCAGAGAAGUUAUAUAUAAAUCCCAAAACCAGGAGAAACAAAAGCAAGCCCAGAAGAAAAGCAAGUGUUCUACUUUUGGCUGCAAAAGACAGAAUUCUUCUCUACGUCACCAUCAUAAAUAUUCCCUUCUUUCGUUAUCUGCAACUCUGUAUAUUUGUUUUCCGAUGGAGAAGAACAAUAAGCCAUAAAGCAAAUGCCAUUUAUUCUUCCCCAAAAGAAAUGACAUUUUCUUCGUCCUCGUCUGUUCCUGCACUUGCUGCAAUAACAUGUUUGGUUGUGCUGGUGUUGGGUUGCUAUUGGCCCGUUGAGGCCCGAAUCCCCACCACUUUGGACGGUCCGUUCGAGCCCGUCACUAUUCCAUUCGAUCAAAGUUUGCGCGGCAACGCCGUCGAUUUGCCCGAGUCCGAUCACCGAGUUCGCCGCCGAGUUAAAGGCUUCGAGCCUGAGCAGAUUUCUGUUUCGCUUUCAGCCAAUUACGACUCUGUUUGGAUCUCCUGGGUUACAGGGGAAUCGCAAAUUGGCUACAACAUAAAGCCAUUGGACCCCAAAAGUGUGGCAAGUGUUGUUCGUUAUGGGAAGCUGAGAUAUCCACCAACACAUGAAGCAACAGGAUAUUCUCUUGUUUACAAUCAGCUCUACCCUUUUGAAGGUCUCCAAAAUUACACUUCUGGGAUCAUCCACCAUGUUCGUCUUACAGGGUUGAAACCGAAUACAUUGUAUUUUUAUCGUUGUGGAGAUCCUUCUAUACCGGCCAUGAGCGAAAUCUACCAUUUCAGGACCAUGCCAGUUUCUGGUCCGUGGAGCUACCCAGAGAGAAUAGCAGUUGUGGGGGACCUUGGCCUUACUUACAACACAACUACCACAAUUAGUCACUUGACUAGUAACGAUCCUAAUCUUGUUCUAUUGAUUGGUGAUGUUACUUAUGCAAACCUAUACCUCACGAAUGGAACCGGUUCUGAUUGUUAUUCUUGCUCAUUUCCACACUCUCCAAUACACGAGACCUAUCAGCCUCGAUGGGAUUACUGGGGAAGGUUUAUGGAGAAUUUAAUUUCUAAAGUUCCAAUAAUGGUGAUAGAAGGGAACCAUGAAAUAGAAGAACAGGCUGAAAAUAAGACAUUUGUGGCUUAUAGUUCUCGGUUUGCAUUCCCAUCUGAAGAAAGUGGAUCCUCAUCCACAUUCUAUUACUCCUUUAAUGCAGGGGGGAUUCAUUUUAUUAUGCUUGGAGCCUACAUUGACUUUACAAGAUCAGGGAAACAAUACAAGUGGCUGGAGCAAGAUUUGGCUAAUGUGGACAGAUCCACAACUCCAUGGCUGGUAGCGACUUGGCAUCCACCCUGGUAUAGUACUUAUAAGGCCCAUUACAGAGAGGCAGAAUGUAUGAGGUUGGAAAUGGAAGAGUUGCUCUACUCUUAUGGAGUUGAUAUAGUGUUCAAUGGACAUGUUCAUGCCUAUGAGAGGUCAAAUCGUGUAUAUAAUUACAACUUAGAUCCCUGUGGCCCUGUAUAUCUCACUGUUGGUGAUGGGGGUAAUCGGGAGAAGAUGGCAGUUAAAUAUGCUGAUGAACCUGGUAAUUGCCCAGAGCCAUCAACUGCUCCUGAUGAAUACAUUGGUGGCUUUUGUGCAAAAAACUUUACCUCCGGCCCAGCCGCAGGUAAAUUUUGUUGGGAUCGGCAACCGGAUUACAGUGCCUUCAGAGAAAGCAGCUUUGGUCAUGGGAUCCUUGAGGUGAAGAAUGAGACCUGGGCUCUAUGGACAUGGUACCGGAACCAGGAUGCCGACAACAAAGUGGGAGAUCAAAUUUAUAUAGUGAGGCAACCUGACAAAUGCCAUGUCCGCCAGGUGUUAAAGAGUUGGAUUGUUGACGUUUAGUUUGUACUGCUGCCCUGCUGGGAAAUUGACUCUGGUUUUCUCAAGUCUUUAAACCAAUUGACCAUAUCUAGUUACGAAUAGGAAAGGACUUUCUGAGGUUAUAGGUGCAAAAAGAAUAGGAUGGCAUUUCCUGUAUACAUUUAUAUGUAAAGGAGAAGCAGAAGAAGAUGAACUCAACCAUUGUUUUAUGUGAAAUCAUAAAUCGCAUUUUAUACA